AUGUAUUCGGGAAGAACACAAAGAGAAUUGGCCUUAUAUAAGAACCGACUCCAACACAUCGUAAUAAUCAUUACUAAUGUCAUCAUUCAUAUUCGCAGUUGAUAUCUGAAACCGAGCAGUUCGAUAUACUUGCGUGUUAUUCAAGCGGAAGUUCAAAAGGAAAUAGAGUUCAUACAACUGUAACAACUGGAAUUGUCACUAAGCAAGGGCAACCUGAGCACGGACGGGACAGCCACCAAGCUUGCCUGCACAAUGGCAGAAAAAUCUACUCAAUGGAAAAAUCUACUCAGUGA